AUGUACUUUGAGCCGGGCAGUCAGCCGGGAGGAAUACCUCACAACUUUCCCCAUGAUCCGUUCAAGGCCUGCGUUGUUCCUCGGCCAAUUGGCUGGAUAUCGACAAUCUCGGCAACGGAUCCAAAGACGCACAACCUGGCACCCUAUUCUCAGUUCAAUAACCUCACAUUCGACCCGCCCUAUGUGAUGUUCUCGGCCAACCAAAAACCAGACCAGCAAAGGAAGGAUACGGUUCUCAACGCGGAGCUGACCGGCAAGUUCUGCUGGAACCUAGCUACUUGGCCCUUGCGUGAGGCUGUGAACAUCUCGGCUGAGCAGGUCGAUUACGGAGUGGACGAGUUUGACCGCGCAGGUCUCGAGAAGGAUUACAGCCGCGCCCUGCCCGGAGAUCCUGUGCCCAUGGUCAAGGAUAGUCCGGUCAAGUUUGAAUGUGUGUAUCAUACAACUCUCAGGCUGCCCGCCAACCCUCCCAUGGGAACUGUCGAUGUCGUCAUUGGGAGAGUCAUCGGAGUGCACAUACGAGAUGAUGUCUUGACCGAUGGCAAGCUCGACGUCAGCAAGACACAGCCCAUCGCUCGCUGCGGCUACUUUCAGUAUACGGUCGUGCGAGAAACAUUUGAGAUGAUUAUCCCGGGGAUGGAUGAGGCUACGCACGCAGGGCUGGAAGGAAACAGUGCGAUUCACAAAAAGGUGAAUAUGUUGGAGAAUGGAUCGGAACAGCCGAAUGGGGUUUCAGCUGGUUAA